AGAGAGAAAGAAAAAGAAGAGAGGAAGAGAGAGAGAGAGAGAGAAGGAAAGAGAAAAGUAGAGAGAGAGAGACAGACAGAGACACAGAAAGAGUUAUGUUUUUAUAGACUCCAUACAUAUCGGACACAUUCUUCCACAUAUUUUGGAUUAUUGAAGAAAUUACCGAUAGUUUAAGAACCAGAAAAAGGGAAAAGACUACGCGGAAGGAUCAGGUAAAAAAACCAAGAACAAAAAUGGGCAAGUUUAACGGAUUGGGUAUACCUUUCUUUGGGUGCGCCAUGCUUCUCCUGGCUAACAUAUUCUUUGUGUUAGCCUUUGCUUCUCCCUUCUGGUUAACGUUUGAUGGAAGCCCCGAUAACAGCCAGGGGCUCUGGAGAAAGAGACGGUGUCUGAUCCAAGGUACAUGUUACCAAUUUGAUAUUGUGGGUUCCCUUGAAACCUACCUCGAUGCAGUCCGUGGUCUAAUGUGUCUGGCCAUUAUGCUCCUGCCCAUACCGGUGGUUGUGGUACCAAUCUACCUCUAUGUUUCCAGCAUGAUUUACUACCGCCGUAUCAUGGCUAUGUCAGCGAUCUUCUGUUUAAUUGCAGGUGAGGAUCAUUAA